AUGGAUCAGCGUGAACCAGCUUUGGGGGACGAGGAAGAAAAAUAUGAAAAUAUAAUUAUCAAUGAAGUCGAUGGUCUACCAAAUUUACACCCCAACUAUCAGCAACUGGAACUUGAGUUCGAAGAAGAUAAAGAUCGGACGAAUACAAGGUCUCUUGAUGAGCUGGUGCACGAUGAGGAUUUACCUACGUCUGUUAUUGUAACAAAUGUCGAUCCACGUGUGUUUAAAUCUAAUGAACUUAAGGCUGAAAUUGAAGAAUUGUUUAAACAGUUUGGUGAAAAUGCGUCGUUUCAAUACUUCAAAUCGUUCAGAAGAAUGAGGGUGAAUUACAAUUUACCAAGUGCUGCUGCUCAUGCGAGGAUACAGUUACACCAAGCUAAAUUUGGGGAUACAAAUAUAAAUUGUUAUUUUGCUCAGCCUGUUACGCCAAUAGAUAUCGAAGAUCGGCAUCUUCAUCCACCAGCAUUAACAAAACAGUUCUUAAUUUCGCCUCCAGCAUCACCACCAGUUGGCUGGGCACCUAGACCUGAGGAUGAACCACUAGUUAAUCAUGAUUUAUUAGCAGCUAUUGCAAAUUUAUCACCAGGAGAAACUCAUGAAUUACAUCCAGGUGGGUCCGGACAACCAGGAAUAGUCGUGCACGUAUGUGAAAAUUCCUCUGAAAACUCAAUAAAAAAACUCCCUAUACAACAUACACGUUGUCCGGAGCACUAA